CAAAGAUUUAAGUUUAUUUUCUUAUGUUUUAAAAAAUAGUUCUUAUUCCAAUUUUAUUAAUAAUAUCAGAAGGAAUUUUAGGAUAAUAUAACAAAAAUAUUAGCGAGAAUAUGGAUUAAGCUGCUUCAAAAUUAUUAAUCUCAUUUGAAUACGUAGUACAUGGAAAGGUUUAAGGGGUGUUCUUUAGAAAAUACACCAAAGAGCAAGCUGAUAAAUUAGGACUAAAAGGAUGGGUUAUGAAUACUCCACAUAACACUGUUGUAGGAGCAGUAUAAGGCCCUGUCGAAAAGGCCAAACAAAUGGAAAUUUGGCUCAGCACAAAAGGAAGCCCAAAAUCAAACAUAACAAAAUUUGAGAAGAAAAAUGAAAAAAACAUAAAUUCUUAUACUUUUAAUGACUUUGAGAUAAGAAAGUGAGAGAGUAACUAACUAACUGAUUGAUACAAAUAUUUUACUAUAGAAUAAAUUUUUUCAAAAAUAUAUAACACUUAUUUAUUUAUUUGCUAUUUUAUUUGUUUGUAAAUGAUAAUCAAUCAUUCAUUAUUUGUUUUGUUUUUUUUCGUUAAAAUCUACUUUUUGUAUCCAAUCCAUUUUUAUUAGUUUAAAUCUUGAGCUUAUUUUUUUAUUUUAAAACAAUUUAUUUAAAAUCUAUCACAAACAAACAAACAAUAAUUGUUAUUUAAAACUCAUAGCAAAAAUAAAAUAAAACACAUGAUUUUGUGUUUAAAAAAAAAAUAACAAAAAGCAUAAAAAAAUUAGAUUUAAAAAUGAAUUUUAAUUUGGUGAAUUUUUUUCAUUUACUUUUUCAAAUUUUUUAUUAUUAUUUGAAUUUUAUUUAUUUAUUUGUUUGUUUCUUGAAUUGUAUUAUUUUUAUUUUUAUUUAUAUUUUAAUUCGUUUUAUUUGAAUUUUUAGUUAUUUUAUUUUAUCAUCUUAAGCAUCUAAUUAAUUAUUUUCUUAAUUGUUUAUUUUCUUAAAUUUUCUUAUUUAUUUACUUAUUUAUUUUCAUAAAUCUUCUUUAUUUUAUUUUUUUAAUUUUAUUAAUUUUUCUUUUUUUCUUUCUUUUUUUAAAAUAAUCAGCAAGUCUUCUUGAUGCUCUUCGUCUUCUUCUUCUUCUUCUUCGUAGGUCUUGGUACCUAGGGAAUAGAGAACGGGUAAUAAAAGAGGUGGAAGAGAAGCCUCGGAAAAUAAAACGGCAAUCUUUUUUGAUAAAAAGCUGCAGCAUUUUAUAAUCUUUGCUUACAAAACAUUUUGAAAGACGCAGAGUAAUCUUCAUCUCACGGAAUUUUAAUUAUUUCGUAUGUAUUAAUACAAUUAAUGUAUUUUAGAUCGGGCAGCGAGCAAUCACAUUUAAUUAAAAAUGCGUUGCCUAUUUUACAGAGAAGAAUGGCAUAUUUUUUCUGUAUUUAUAUUUGUGGAUUGGCCUCAAAAACUUAUACGAAAUGUUCAACGCCGAAGAGCUGAUGAAGUUAUCUGAAUUUUUUUUACUAAAUUAUCUUUUAGUAAUUUUUUU